GUUUCUUUCAUUUUAUUCAUCUAAAAAAAUCCAAGCUACUUAAAAAUUUAAACAAUUUUAGCUUAAUUAAUUUCGAAAUAUUACCAUGGAUUUUGGUAACAUAAUUGAGUUUCUAGGCAACAAAACUAUCUUAGUUACCGGUGCUACUGGCUUCAUUGCUAAGAUUCUCGUGGAGAAGAUACUUCGUAUUCAACCGGAUGUGAAAAAAUUAUACCUUCUUGUAAGGGCUAGAGAUGCUCAAGCAGCCGAUGCUCGGCUGCAAGAUGAGAUCUUAGGCAAGGAGUUGUUCAAAGUUCUAAAAGAGAAAUUGGGAUCAAAUUUUGAGUCUUUCGUUUCGGAGAAGAUAACUGUAGUAGCCGGUGAUACUUCUUACGAGAAUUUGGGACUUACUGCUGAGCAAAUGAAGGACAUGUAUGAAGAUAUAGAUAUUGUUAUUAACGUAGCAGCAACCACAAAGUUUGAAGAAAGGUAUGAUGUUGCAUUGGGAGUGAAUACUCUAGGACCAAAACAUGUCGUCAACUUUGCAAAGAGUUGUGCUAAAAUACAAUUGCUCAUCCAUGUUUCAACUGCGUACGUGUGUGGAGAAAAGGCGGGAAUAAUAUCUGAAAGCCCAUAUGUGAUGGGUGAGACUUUGAAUGGUGUAACUGGCUUGGACAUCGAAUCUGAGAAAAAACUUGCUGAACAAACUUUAAGCAAUCUUAAAUCUAGUGAUCUUCCUGAAAAGAUUAUAAGACAAAAGAUGAAAAACCUAGGAGUUCAAAGGGCAAAAUUUUAUGGAUGGCCAAAUACGUAUGUUUUUACAAAGGCGAUGGGAGAGAUGCUUGUAGGGCAAUUAAGAGGCGAUUUACCUGUGAUUAUAAUGAGGCCUACAAUUGUGUGUAGCACUUUGCAAGAACCCUUUCCCGGUUGGGUUGAAGGUUGCAGGACUAUUGAUAGUGUUGCUGUAACAUAUGGAAAAGGAAGCUUAAGUUUGUUUCUCGCGGACAAAAGCUCUGUCUUAGACUUGAUACCGGCUGAUAUGUUUGUGAACUCGAUGAUUGUGGCAAUGAAGGCCCAUGUAAAUCAACCUUCUUUGACAGUAUACCAAGUGGGAAGUUCUUACAGAAAUCCAGUAUCAUUUAAGGAGCUGCAUGAAUUUCACUACCAUUACUUCACUAAAAAUCCAUGGACCAACCGUGAAGGCAGUUUGGUAAAAAUUGGCAAAGGUGUAGUGUUGAGCAACAUACUCAUAUUUGAAAUGAUCCUCUUCAUGUGGCAAUUCGUCGUACAAAUGAUAUUAAUUAUUGCUACUAGGAUGGGUCGUAGUGACUUGCAACGUACCUUGUUUAACUUUGACAAAAAGCUGAAAAUCGCAAUGAAAUUGGUGGACUUGUAUAAACCCUACUUGUUCUUCAAGGGCAUUUUUGCCGAUGCAAAUACUGAAAAAUUGUUCAUCACUGCCCGCGAAAAUGGAUUGAAUGAAGAUGUCUUCAACUUCGAUCCAAUUGGCAUCAACUGGAAAGACUAUUUCAUCAAUGUUCAUCUUCCCUCAAUUGUUAAAUACUUGUUCUAAUAUGUUUUCAAGAUCUUCAUCUUGUUCUCUUUCAAAUUUGAACAAAUUUGCAAGAUGCACUUUCCAACUUAACUCGGAUCAAGAUCUACUAACUCGUUUUGAAUUGUUAUUAUUUUAUUUCAAUAUUGCAAAUGAAUAUUUUGUAGCCUUAGCAUAUAAUAUUAUUUAUCACAUAAUAAUGUCAUCAUAAUUUAUUAUAUCUCUUUUUUUUUCUUCAAAUGUGUAAAAUUUAAAUGUGUAAGCACUUUGUAUGGAAUAUUUAUAAGUGAUAACGCCUUAAAAGUUUGGGGCUUUUCGUAACAAUGUUGCAAUUGUUGUAUUA